AUGACCGUGUGCGUCGACAUCCGUGUGGUCGUACCAGGAGCCUGGGUGGCGUUCUCUUACAGCUCAAUCCACGCACCUAAACCUGAGCUGGGUCUGGAGGGAGAUGAUGAGGCGCUGUAUGGGUGGCUGCUGAGGGUCAAACACAGAUUUCCUCUCCGUCUGGCCCCAUUCAUGUGGCACAGGGUGUGUCUGAGGAGGGACAUACAUCGCAGCUCCUUUAGCCUGGAGGUUGAUGGAGAAUUGGUUUCAGAGAGGACGGUCAUCGCUAAUGCCAUCCCCUCCUCCACCUCUCUUUGGCUGGGCUGCCGUCCCCAGAACCGACGCCUGGGACCCGUGAACGGAGAAAUCGAGCUGUACCUGUUCCGGAUGUGGGCAGACCUGAGUGACCAUGGCUUCUGCGAGGACGGCACUGUGAUUGGCUGGAAUGCUAAGUACUGGGGAGUUACCAGUCUCAAAGCCAGGCAGAGAGACCCCUACCUUCUGUGUGACCACAGGCGGGUCAGACGUGAGGCUCGUGCUAAAAGAAGCGUUACUAAUGCACCUACACUUGGAGAAGGACGGAUAUUCUCACCCCCACCUGAAGUGCCUGCAACAACUCCCUCCAGUCUCGUCAUUGCAACACCUGUCACUCAUGCGAGUACUCUGGCGUCUGUGCUCACAGGCUCUUCAUUUGUGAACUGUGACAUAAGCCCGCUCUGUUCCAAUACAAAUGCUUACUUCUGGAUGUCCGUAACAGUGGAGGCCGAAGAGGGCGAUAAAACCGAACAAGACGUGCACGAAUUGGUGUCAAGUGCGUUUGGUUGCCCGGUAACAGGUCUGGAAGAUUUCUGUCAGGAUGACGGACAGCUUCAGGUAGCAGAGGUCAACUGCAAGGCGAAAAGCAACAUAAGACAAACAACCUGUGAUGUGCUGCUGCAGCUCAGUCGGGCUGUCUCAGCGUGCGAGCUGCAGCUGGCUGGAGUCUCUGCACUGCAGCAAGCUGGAGACGAACAAAUACAAGCGAGAAUCACAGGGGAGGUGGAGAGAGUCGCUGCAAGAAGCCAACAGAACCACAUCAUCUGCAAAGAGUUGAGUUUUAAUUCUGAACUGGAACCCAACUUCCCCUGGGCGGCUCCCUGA